AUGGGUUCUUCAAGCUAUAAUCUCAACCCUUUUCCUUACUUUCCUUCUCCUUCCACUGCUUCCUAUAAUCUCCCUCUCUCAAUUCCUUCACUUCUCAACUCUGAGCCAACAGCCACAACUUUCAAUUUCCAUCAACCCCACCAAGAUCCUGUCUCUUUUUUGGCUCCCUAUCUUCCCAUUGGCCACUUCUCGACGUCCACAACACCGGAGGCCGUGAUCAAUUUUGCGGUGGCGGGGAGCAACGUUCAAGCUUUUGGCAACAUUCCGAGUGCUUCUGGGGCGAGAAUGGGGUCGGGGAAGAAGGACCGACAUAGCAAGAUUUACACGGCUCAAGGUUUACGGGAUCGGAGAGUGAGAUUGUCCAUUGACAUAGCUCGUAAGUUCUUUGAUUUGCAAGACAUGUUAGGGUAUGACAAAGCAAGCAAAACCCUAGAGUGGCUUUUUAGCAAAUCCAAAAAAGCAAUUAAAGAGCUUUCAAGGACCAAAUAUGGAAAUUUUGAGGUUGUUGGUGGAGCUAGAAGAAUGUCUUUGGCUUCAGAUGUUGAAGAAGAAGAGGAAAUGACUAAUAAAGUUGAAGUUUUUAAUCUUCUUGCUAAACAAUCAAGAGCCAAGGCUAAGGAGAAGAAGCAAGUGGAUGAUGAAAACGGUGACGACGACGACGGAAAAAUCGACGUUCAUGGCGGUGAAACUUCAAAUCUAUCAAUGGAGGAAUCCUCGUUCAUGAACAAGAGAAAACUUUAUGCGAAAAAGUUCAUCGAGGACGAUGAGAUGAAAUUGCCUCAAAAGGGCAUCUCCAAGAACCCUCCAUGA